AUGGAUACAGAAAACCACACUUUGCGGACACAUUUUGUCUUGUUUGGGCUCACAAAUAAAGAAGAACUCCAGGUGCCUUUGUUUGUUUGUUUUUUGAUACUCUACAUGCUAAUCCUUGCCGGGAACUUUGCUAUCAUCCUGGUCAUCAUCUUGGACCGUAACCUUCACACUCCCAUGUAUUUCUUCUUGUGGAAUCUAUCUUUGCUCGAUAUCUGCUAUUCAUGUGUUAUUGUUCCAAACAUGCUUUAUGAUUUUCUAAUUGUUGAAAAGAUAAUUUCAUUUGGUGGCUGUAUCUCCCAAAUACAUUUUUUUCAUUUCUUUGGAAGCACUGAAGUUAUACUUUAUUCAGCAAUGUCUUUUGACCGAUUCGUAGCUAUAGGAUAUCCCUUACGCUACACCAACAUUGUAAGCACUAAGGUUUGUAUGUGGUUGAUAUCAGCCUCAUGGGUAACUGGAUUUUUCCAUGCCCUCAUACAUGCUGUGAUGACUGCAAGACUUCCAUUCUGUGGGCCAAACCUAGUUAAACAUUACUUCUGUGAUGUGAAGCCAGUGCUGAGGUUGGCUUGUGCAGACACGUCUCUUAAUGUAGAGCUUCUCAAUAAGGUCACUGGUACUGUGGUCACAGCACCCUUAUGUCUAACACUUCUUUCAUAUCUUUUCAUUGGGAAAUUUCUCAUAAAGAUCCGGACAUCGGAAGGGAGGAAACGUGCCUUCUCCACCUGUAGCGCUCACCUCACAGCUGUUUCUAUUCAAUAUGGAGCAGUUUUGUUUACUUAUAUGCGACCAUCUACACAAGACUCCUUAAAUGAAGAGAGAGCAUCUACAAUCCUAUUUACAGUCAUAACACCAAUGCUCAACCCAGUUAUCUACACACUGAGGAACACACAGAUGAAGGAAGCAAUGAAACGGGUUUUGAGGAGGUUGCUAUUUUGA